UAUAAAUUCAGUCAGCCGUUAUGCUGCAGUUACGGGAACGCAAGUGGUUGAGUGUAGGAGGAGUUCCUCGUCGUGCUGUUGUUGUUAGUUUGUCAAAUAGUCGUAAGUGUGUAAUAUUUCGUAAGUAGCUCUAGUACUAUCAAUUAGCCGGCGUUGUUUAUUUGAAAAGGAUAGACGGCUGGCUUCACAGUCAGCUUAACGGUUUUUAAGUCUUUGUUUUUAAGAGCCUCGGAGGCCAAAAUGGAAUUUUAAGGCAUAAUGCGGCAACACUAAUGCAUCGGCAUGCAUCAGGCAAAGCAGAAGAUCCGGCGUUAUUCCAUCGCCAAAACUGCCAAGCAGUUGGGCACCACACGCGGAAUUACCGCGAGCCAACCGAUACCGCUGCUACUUGAUCGGGAGAAGUAGCUACCUGGCAAGCCUUCUUGGCUAUUGCACUGAAACCACCAACCUGUCCUUUGACCAUUAUAACGCAAACUAGCAGUGAUCAGAAUGAAGCUUCAAGACGUAUUGGCGGAGAAAACCAGUCUGUGGAUAUUCGGCUACGGGUCUCUGGUAUGGAAACCUGACUUCAAAUUCAAGAGAAGUAAGGUCGGGUACAUCCAGGGAUACAAGAGACGCUUCUGGCACGGCGACAAUUUCCACCGGGGCAACAACGAAAUGCCCGGCAGGGUGGUGACGCUGGUGGAAGAUGAUGACGCAUGCACCUGGGGGGUGGCUUAUGAGGUCACUGGGGCCCAGAUCGAGGAGUCCCUCAAAUACCUGAACGUGAGGGAGGCGGUGCUGGGGGGCUACAUCACCAAGGCCGUUGAAUUCAUCCCACGAGAGAACGAAGAGGCCCCGUUGCUCGCGCUGGUCUACAUCGCCACCGCUGACAACCCAAUCUACCUAGGACCUGCCAGCCCCGAGGAGAUCGCCGCCCAGAUCGUCGUGAGCCGCGGCAAGACCGGCCACAACAUCGAGUACCUGCUGCGGCUUGCCGACUUCAUGCGGCUGCGCUGUCCCGAAGUGGAGGACACCCACCUGUUCUCCAUCGAGACCGCCACCCUAGCUAUCGUGCUGGCGUCCGAGCUGGACAUGUCCGCCCUCUAAGCGGCUGAAGUUAAGAGGUCACUGCGAAUAAACGCCGCCAUCUGAACGUCCGUCUGUUAAUGCAUCCGUUAGCACACCGCUUGUUGUACUAAUGUGUCAAUGUCUGUUGUUCACGAAAAGCCACAUAAUUUCUGUUUAAACCGGUACGAACGAAAACUGCGUUAUAAUGGAUUAAAGGGAGGUGGUGGUAUUUCCAAUGCCAGAAGUGUUCAUACUGAAUGUAAAACCUGUAAGAUCUGUGGGUAUUGUGCAAUAUUGGUUAUAUGGUUAUUGUAUUACUGUAAGUAGCAUUGAAAGUACUCUAAUCGCGGUGUACUUGUUUUCCUGGUAGCGAGGUUGCCCCAUCAAAUUAAGGUAUGCUUUAUACACUAUGGUUCCAGUCUGUUUUUGGUUAAGGGUAUUUUGUAACACUUCUAGCUGUGUAGGAAUAUAGACAAUUUCAUGUCCCCAUUCCCUACUGUCAUCGCUUAAUGUACAGGAACUAACUGUAUACCUUUGUUAUAAAAGGAUUUUCUUUUUCAAUGCACCUUUAUUUUUUCAGACAACAGACCUCAAUAAACUAUUAAUUUAA